GCUCCGACCCCAGAGGAGCUGUGUGGGAAGUUGGUGUCUCGGAGCCGCAGCGUGGCUCUGCCGAGUGUCUGGAGCCCAGGGUGUGCACACAAACUGAUAAAUAGGGAAAGGCCUGCUUGGCUCCAGCUGGAGCAGAGCUGGGACCAGCACUGCAGCCCCACGGACCCCGCGGCAGGACAGGAGUUCCCUGCAGCCACCCUGCAAGUGAAGUACAGUGAUUAAACCCAAGCCUGAAAUGUGCUCUGAGCUCCACUACGUGACCACUAACGUGCCCCAAGAUUGCUGUUUCAAGGCUGAUCUCACAGCAGAGUGGAUGAAGCAGUGCAGCUGGGAGCAGAGCAUGGCCAACACGUUUGUCACCGUCCCUGACGGGUAUGGCCUUCCCGAGCCCAUCCAAUACUACGAUGUUUUACCAGAGCACAUCAAUUACCAGCUGCCGGACCCAGAUUUCCAGGCUGGCCCGUACUGCCAGUACUCAGCAGUGCCAGUGCCAGCCCUGCAGCCACCGCCAGCCCCGGCCCCAUUCGGCCCCUACAGCCUGGAGCCCCCGUACGGUGACGGGCCCUGCGUGGGCAGCAGCUGCGAGCUCAGCAAGGGCCCCUUCUUGGCUCCCCAGGUGGAGGACAGCGGGGAGCAGGGCCUAAAGAGGCCCAGGUUAAACCACUCGGCGAGGCUGAAGGGGCAGGAGGAGCUGUGCGUGGUGUGUGGGGACAAGGCCUCGGGGUACCACUACAACGCACUGACCUGCGAGGGCUGCAAAGGUUUCUUCCGGCGCAGCAUCACCAAGAACGCCGUGUACCGCUGCAAGAGUGGGGGGCACUGUGAGAUGGACAUGUACAUGAGGAGGAAGUGCCAGGAGUGCCGCCUCAAGAAGUGCAGAGCUGUGGGAAUGCUGGCAGAAUGUUUGCUGACUGAAGUCCAGUGUAAGUCAAAGCGACUCAGGAAGAAUUUCAAGCAGAAGAGCAGUUUCCUUUGCAACAUAAAGCUGGAAGAUGAGGGACUGAAUAGUAAGCAAGUAUCAUCUACAACAAGAUCUGGAAAAAUCCCAGAGAAGAUGGAACUUACUCCAGGAGAACAUCAGCUUCUUGACCACAUUGUAGCAGCACACCAAAAAUACACAAUUCCCCUUGAGGAAGCCAAGAAGUUUCUACAGGAAACUGCAAGUCCUGAGGAAAGUUUCCUCCACCUGUCUGAGACAGCCGUUGUCCAUGUCCAGGUGUUGGUGGAUUUCACAAAAAGACUCCCAGGGUUUGAGAGUUUAGCCAGUGAAGACCAGAUUGCUCUGCUGAAAGGGUCCACAGUGGAGGCAAUGUUCUUGAGAUCAGCCCAAAUUUACAACCAAAGAAUGAGCGAGUGCCAACCAUCAACCAGUGAAAGUCAUGUAAGACUUUCUGAUCACGGGGCAUGUUGUCAUGUUCAAAACCUUGAUAAAAACAGUAUUUAUUCCAUGGAAAUGUGUCAUAAUAAAGAGAGGCCAACUUCUACUACUACCACAGGCAUAACUGAGGAGUUCAUCACCGCCCUGUUCUACUUCUACAGAACCAUGGGGGAACUCAAAGUAACCGAGACUGAAUACGCUCUGCUCGUAGCAACAACAGUGUUCUUUUCAGGUAAACUGGGAAGGUAACAACGAGCUAUCACUUGCCCCGGGGGAGCUCCCAUUUCUCCCCUCAGGGGCAGCGGCGCUGACCGGACCCUGAGGGGCGGCGGCGCCCGGA